UCGGCGGGCGCGGGGCGGGCGGACUUGCGGCUGGGCUCGCUGCUGCCAUGGCCCCCGUCCUGCGCGGCCUCCCGCAGCGCGUCCUCUGGCUGCUCCUGGCACACCACAUCUUCAUGGUCACCGCCUGCCAGGAAGCCACCUAUGGCACCAUUAUCCGGGAUCUGUGUCUAUCCCGCUUCAAGAGGGACAUGGAGGCUAUUGGGAGGCCACUGUGGUGUGACUGGGGGAAGACAAUAAGGAGCUACGGAGAGGUCACUGACUGCACCAAGCAUGUGGCCAGAAAGAUAGGCUGCUUCUGGCCCAACCCCGAGGUGGACAAAUUCUUCAUCUCCAUCCACCACCACUACUUCAAAAACUGCCCCAUCUCCGGCAGAGCUGUGCAAGAGCCCCCCAACGUCGUCCUCUGUCCUUUCAUCAUGCUCCCCAUCACGGUGACGGUGGUGGCGACGGCGAUGGUGGUCUGGAGGAGCAAGCGCGCGGACACCAUCGUGUAGGUGGACUGGGCGCUGGGAAGCUGGGGAGGCCUGGGGUGCAUGGGCCUGGCUGGGCAGCAUUAGGAGCCAGAUCAGGCAGGUCCUGCAUCCCACCUUGCUCUAACCAAGAAGAGCUAACAGGACCGGAGUAGUCAUGACUCUGCAUGAAGCUGGACACACCCUGGCUGCAGGUGGGGGUCCUAGGAGGGAAGCAGGGGCAUGACUACUCACCUCUGGGAAGUCCAGAUCUCUGGCAUGCUUGUCACCACAGUCGACAUUCUAGCUUCCCACACUGCUUACUCUGUAGAUGUGUUUGUACAUGUGUUUACCCCACAGAUGUGUUUGUAGAUAUAGAUGUGUUUGUGAUUAAAAGGGUGUUAUUGAA